AUGUCAUUUCCUUUAAAGCCUCAGAGGUCUUUUUGUCAAGCUGACGGGUUUUUAGCGCCUGUGGCAGAGGCUGUGUGGGUCAAUGGCCCUAUUGGCGAAACCUUGGAAGUACUUGACACAGGUGUGAAGCAUAUUUGUGACUUGUUCAAGGCUCCGUUGUGUCAAGCCUCAAUAUACCCUGUUCUGAUCUGUGGCGCUAGAUGGAUGAGAGAACAGAAUUUGCUGGUUGUUCUGAUACUCUUGGUGUUGAGAGUGCCGGUGGAACACAUUACGGCCGACUACAUUUCCUGCGUGCAAGGCUUGCAGAUUGAUGAAGGGCGUUUCAAGAGUAGAGGCGAGGCUGAUCUUGUACGAGCUAUGGUUGAAAAGGAGGCGGAGUGGGUCAUGGCGGUCAAGAACCAUGUGGAUGAUAGUUAUGGUGGUGCAGAGGGGUAUCUCACGCGAGGAGGCGUGACUUUGGAGGAAAUGGGUAGCUUGCGAGACGCACUCCAAGCUUCAGGUUCGAGGAAAGAGGCCGACCAUUACGAGACCGCUGAAGACCCUUGA